AUGGCAAUCACGAUUGAUUCUCCAUUUCAGUACUUAUUUUUCCCCAUCUGCAUAAUACUUCUUGUUGGGAUUCUUUCCUUUAUCAAGAAGAGUGCAAAUUCCAAGAAAAAAAUUCCAUUGCCACCGAGCCCCACAGCGCUGCCGGUGAUCGGCCAUUUGCAUUUGCUAAGCUCCACCUUGCACAUUUCCUUCAAGAAUUUAUCUUCUAAAUAUGGGCCUUUUAUGCUUAUUCGUGCGGGUUCAACCACUUCAUAUGUUGUCUCGAAUGGUGCCAUAGCCAAGGAAGUGUUUAAAACUCAUGAUAUUAAAUUCGCGGCCAGGCCGGAAUUUGGUUCCUCGGAUUACCAAAUAUACAAGGAUACAUUGUUUUCUACUUUCGAUUAUGGGAAAUAUUGGAUUUUCUUGAAGAAAAUAUGCAUGAUGGAAAUUCUUUCGACGCAGCAGAUUAAUCGGUUUGCUGAUAUUAGAAGAGAAGAGAUGAUGGAUCUAUUGAGAAUUUUUGUGAAGAAAGCGGAGGAGGGAGAGGGAUGUGACACGGGAGUGGAAUUUAUGGCGAUGACAAACAAUUUGAUCUCAAGAAUGACGAUGAGCACGAGGUGUUCGACGAAUGCGGAUGAGACUUCAGAGAUAAGGGAAGUGGCCAAGGGAAUAACACUUAUUUCAGGGUUGUUAAGUUUAGGAGAAGCAUUUACUUUGUUGAAAAAGUAUGAUGUGUUUGGGGCAGGAAGAAAGGUGAAAGCCCUUUUGCUCCGAUUCGAUGCUUUAAUGGAUCGGAUAAUAUCGAAACACAAGAUGGAGAUUCAAGGUGGAAAACGAGAGAAGGAUAUGAUGGAUAUUCUCUUAAGGAUUUCGGAAGAUAGAACUUCUGAUGUGAAGCUUACUAAAGCUGGUAUCAAGGGCCUUUUUCUGGAUCUUUUCUUGGGAGGUACAGAUACAACAAGUGUGGCUUUACAAUGGGCACUGGCAGAACUCCUUAACCAUCCAGAGGCCUUAAAGAAACUUCAGGAUGAGAUCGACAAAACUGUGGGGUUAAACAGGCUAGUCGAGGAAUCAGAUGUCCCAAAUCUUCCUUACUUGCAUGCCGUUAUAAAAGAAACUCUUCGACUACACCCUUCGUUGCCCUUGGUCUUCCGAAAAUGCAGGGAGGACUGCAAGAUCAACGAAUUUGUGCCAGAGAGGUUCUUGAUCAAUGCUAUAAACGCGAUCGACCAUGAUGAUCCCGAGGACAUGAAAGGCCAGAAUUUCAGCUACGUGCCAUUUGGAGGUGGACGUAGAGGUUGCCCGGGAGCUGGUCUAGCUACAUCAGUGUUGCAUAUAACACUUGCAGCAGUAAUCCAUUGCUUUGAUUGGAAAAUAAAAGGAGCUGAUAAGGUUAAUAUGGAAGAAGGAGCAGGAUUCUCAGCAGCAAUGGUUCAUCCUUUGGUUUGUUAUCCUAUUUUACGCGUUAAUCCUUCGGUUAUUGCAAUUUAG